AUGCCGCGGAAGCAACAGUUCAUCAUUCAUUGUGUAUCCUUUCAAGAGGGUGGUGUUGAUACGUGCCAACCUUGGACUCCGCCAAAGAUCACCGAGGGUGCUGCCAAAGGUGAUCAAAACCUAAGUGAGGCUAACGAGCAGCAUGGCUUAGCGACUACAAAAUGCGUUAAAAUACUUGGGGAGGUUAUCCUCACGAGUGGUGAUUCUAAGGCGCACAAGGACAGGCUAUCUAGCGGAGGUGUGUUUAAGCUAAGGGAGACCACCCUUCGCCUUCGGUCUUCCAUCUUUGCCCUUCGGCCUCCGGUCUUCAGUCUUCACUCUUCCUUCUUCCUGUUUCACUCUUCCCGUCUGCUCUCUUGUUGUCUUCCUUCGACCACGACAACCAGACCAAACCUGAGGCUGAGGGCACUUGCUGUCUUGCUGAGUUGUUGUCUUCCAACUGCUCUCUCUCUUCCAUUGUUGCUGCCUUCUCUCGCCGCCACCGGCCCACCACUGCUGCCUUCUCUCGCUGCCGCUGCUGCUGUUGCUGCCUUCACGCCAGAAAUCACUGCUGCAGCUGCCUCAGUAGCAUCGGUUGCCCCUCUCGCUCUUGCUGUAGCAUCGGUUGCCCCUUUUGAUGCUCUCAUGUUCUGGUUAAGCUUGACUUUCGGCCAGACUUAGCUAUAUAUUAGCAGCAAUCAAGUAGCAAUCGAGCCGGUGCGUUCUGUUGGGGUUUUCGUGAUCAUGGCAGCUGGGUACGGGAAGUGCUUUGGAGAAACUGUGUGGACAGGCCUUUGGAGCUGGGAGGUUGAGGAUGCUGGGGAUUUACAAGCAAAGCCAGAGGUCAUGGGUUAUUUUCUGUUCUGCACAGCCUUGAUCUUGACUCCUGUUUACGUCUUCUCAAACUAUAUUCUAAAGCUUGCUCAAAUUGUUGCUGCUAUUAUCCAAUUUCCUCUUGGAGAUGAUGCUCUGCUCAGAUCUGAACUCGAAUCUGCUCGUCUGUUUUUCCAUCUAAGGACAUAUGUAGCUACUGAAGUUGUUCCCUUUUUUUGAAAUGGAAC